CAAACAUGGAAAAGGUUUGAGCCCUUUAUUUCAGUAAAGGAAAACUCUAAUGUUAAAGCAUGAAGAGACACCCUAAAUAAUUUUGUACUUCCAACAUUUGUGAAAGAAGCACAUCCCACAGAGCUCUGAAGUCAUGCCCUCAGACCUUGCCAAGAAGAAGGCUGCCAAGAAGAAAGAGGCAGCCAAAGCUCGUCAGCGUGUCAAAAAGCAGGAAGAGAUCGAGCAGUCCGAGGAAAAUGGAGCGGUUCCAAAUGGAGAGACAAAUGGAGAUGUUUCUGCUCUGACUAAAGAGCUAGAUGAGCUUGAGCUAAACAAGAUAGAGUCUUGGGCAGUUACAGGUGUCUUGGCAUCGCACCCCAACAGUACAGACGUUAACAUUAGCAGUCUUUCACUCACUUUCCAUGGACAGGAGCUGCUGAGCGACACGAGCCUGGAACUGAACUCAGGCAGACGUUACGGUCUCAUUGGCCUCAAUGGCACAGGUAAAUCUAUGCUCCUCUCUGCUAUCGGCCAUCGAGAGGUUCCCAUCCCCGAGCACAUAGACAUUUACCAUCUGACACGUGAAAUGGCUCCCAGUGAGAAGACAGCGCUACAGUGUGUGAUGGAGGUGGAUGCAGAGCGGAUCCAGCUGGAGAAGGAGGCAGAAAGACUUGCCCAUGAGGACUCAGAGUGCGAAAAGCUGAUGGAGAUCUACGAGCGCUUGGAAGAGCUGGAUGCAGACAAAGCAGAGGUUCGAGCUUCACGCAUUCUCUUCGGCCUGGGGUUUACUCCAGCCAUGCAGCACAAAAAGCUUAAAGACUUCAGCGGUGGUUGGAGAAUGCGUGUCUCGUUGGCCAGAGCACUGUUCAUUAAACCUUUCAUGCUGUUACUGGAUGAACCCACUAACCACCUUGACCUGGAUGCCUGCGUGUGGCUGGAGGAGGAACUCAAAUCGUUUAAGCGAAUUCUUGUACUCAUCUCACACUCUCAAGAUUUCCUAAACGGUGUUUGCACCAACAUCAUACAUCUACACCACAGGAAACUCAGAUAUUACACAGGCAAUUACGACCAGUAUGUGAAAACCAGGGAAGAGCUUGAGGAGAACCAGAUGAAACGCUACAACUGGGAGCAGAACCAGAUAGCACACAUGAAGAACUAUAUUGCUCGAUUUGGUCACGGCUCGGCUAAGCUCGCUCGUCAGGCACAGAGCAAAGAGAAGACGUUGCAGAAGAUGGUUUCCUCAGGCCUGACCUCCCGUGUAGUUACAGAUAAGACUCUGUCAUUUUAUUUUCCUCCUUGUGGGAAAAUUCCACCUCCUGUCAUCAUGGUUCAGAACGUCAGUUUCAAAUAUUCAGACAACGCGCCAUAUAUUUAUAAAAACCUGGAGUUUGGCAUUGACCUGGAUACGCGAGUGGCUCUAGUGGGCCCUAAUGGAGCGGGAAAGUCCACACUACUGAAACUGCUGAUGGGAGAGCUCCUCCCAACUGAUGGCAUGAUCAGGAAACACUCACAUGUGAAGAUCGGCAGGUAUCACCAGCAUCUGACUGAACAGCUGGAGUUGGACCUGUCUCCUCUGGAGUACAUGAUGAAGUGCUACCCAGAGAUUAAAGAAAAGGAAGAGAUGAGAAAGAUCAUCGGACGGUACGGUCUGACGGGUAAACAGCAGGUGAGUCCCAUCAGAAAUCUGUCAGACGGUCAAAAGUGUCGGGUGUGCUUCGCCUGGCUGGCAUGGCAGAACCCCCACAUGCUCUUCCUGGACGAGCCUACCAAUCACCUGGACAUCGAGACCAUCGACGCCCUGGCAGAAGCCAUAAACGAGUUUGAGGGAGGGAUGAUGCUGGUCAGCCACGACUUCAGACUUAUCCAGCAGGUGGCUCAGGAAAUUUGGGUGUGUGAGAACCAGACCAUCACUAAAUGGAACGGAGACAUCUUGGCGUAUAAGGAGCACUUGAAGUCAAAAAUUGAUAAACAGACUCAUGAUGUUUGAAGGUCUCAAUUGCAUCAUGGAUAGAUUACUUAGCCGGCUCGUCUUACUGUAAUGCAUGUGAUCUGAGAACAUUUCCCAUAGGAGUUCCCCAAAAUUUUGGAAUGGAUUGUGAAUUGCAUUUCAGUAUUUCCUGGCAUCACACGAUCGCACACGCAUUCUCUUAUCUUUGGAAAAAACUUCACACACACUGAUUAUAGUCAAAAUCCGUUGGAUUUGUUUUUAUUUAAGAAUAUAAAUGCAAUAAUGUUGAAUUAAUAAAUCUUUUAUGAAAAUUGUAGGCUAGGACUUGUAUAAUCACAUGAUUUUAAAGUAAUAACUUAAAAACACCCCAACAAAGCAGUGUUUAAUGAAAUUAGCUUUUAAAUGGUGACAAACAGGUGCAGUUUGAGGUAACAAAAGGCCAACAAGGAGGCAAGCAAAAUCUGAUAGUGAAGCAAUUAAAGAAAUGAAGUAUGAAACCUUUGGGGGAGGGGGGAUUUUGAAAUAAAAAUUGCAAUAUUAUUUCCUGUAUAACCCAGGUAUGAAGACUGCCAGCAUUCACCGGUG